UGCAUUUUUCUGAGAUGGCAUCAAGAGGCUGCAAGCAUCCGGCAGACGCAUUUUGCUAUGUCUGCGGACGAUUUAUCAAGACAAGAGUGAAAAAGUACUCUGUGGAAGCAUCUGCUAAGAUGUGUGAGGCCUACAAGGCAUAUUUCAGCAUGCCUGUUGGUGAUCAAGACAAACCCUGGGCACCUCAUUUCACAUGCGAGCAAUGCAAAAAAAACUCUGGAAGGAUGGUACAGAGGGAAAACGAGAGCCAUGAAGUUCGCUAUCUCAAUAAUUUUGUGGGAACCCACUGACCACUCAAGCAACUGCUACUUCUGCAUGGUGGACCCUUCCAAACGUCGGACUGGCAAGAAUGCACCUGCUAUCACGUAUCCAGACCUUCCUUCAUCCAUUGCCCCAGUACCACACUGCCAUGAGCUCCCCGUACCCACUCCUCCGGAGAGAGAGCAGCCAUCUUUUGAAAAAAGCAGCAAGUCAGAGAGCGAGGAAGACGUUGUAGAUCCAGAUGACAAUUUCAGAGAUGGAGCUGAGGAGAGAAACCCAUACUACCCCAACCAAAAAGACCUCAACGACUUGAUCAGAGAUCUUGGUCUCACCAAGUCCAAUGCCGAGCUUUUGACGUCUAGGCUCAAGCAGUGAAACUUGUUGGAUAAAAGUGUGCAAGUUGUAAAUCAGAGGAAGUGUCACCAACCUUUUUGCAGCUUCUUCACCCAUCAAGAUGGGCUCUGCUUCUGCCACAAUGUGACCAGUCUGUUCGAGGCAAUCGGAAUCGCCUGUAACCAGAAUGAGUGGCACCUCUUCAUUGACAGCUCAUCCAGGAGCCUCAAAGCCAUGCUGCUCAAUAAUGGUAACAAGUACCCGUCUCUUCCCCUGGCUCACUCGGUGCACCUCAAAAAGGAUUACAACAGCAUCAAGACCUUGCUGGAUGCCUUGAAGUAUGAUGAGUACUGGCUGGGAGGUCAAUGGAGACUUCAAAAUGGUGGCAUUCCUGAUGCGUCUCCAAGGUGGUUUUACCAAGUUUCCCUGCUAUCUUUGCCUUUGAGACAGCAGGGACACCAAGGCGCACUACCACAGGUGGGACUGGUCACAGCAGACCGAGUUCUCUGUGGGGAGGAACAACGUCAAGUGGGAGCCACUGGUGGACCCCAGGAAGAUCUCUGAGGAUAUCGAGGUGCCAAGUCCAACCUUCUUCGAUGCUGCUGAUAACCACAGAGCCACACAUAAUGAUGGGAUGCAUCUCUCCAAUCGAGCUCAUCCUCUUGCUGCUCGUGACUGUGCCGACCCUCGCCUGCCCAUCUGCAUGCCGCUGUAAUGGAGACUUCGUCUACUGCAACGACAGAGGCUUGACGUCUAUUCCAAGUGGAAUGCCAAGGAACGCCACGACACUCUAUCUCCAAAACAACCAAAUUAACAAUGCUGGGAUUCCUCCUGAAAUGAGAAACCUUCUCAAAGUCGAGACAGUGUAUCUCUACAGCAACCGACUGGAGGAGUUUCCGAUCAAUCUUCCUAGAAAUGUGAGAGAACUUCACUUGCAGGAAAAUGGCAUGUGGACCAUUUCCAAGGGUCCCCUCACUCAGUUACGCAAACUGGAAGUUCUGCACUUAGAUGACAACUCGAUAUCAACAGUGGGGAUUGAGAAAGGGAGUUUUAGUGCAGUGCCAAAUCUUAGGCUGCUUUUUUUUUCCCGUAAUAAUUUAGGUAUGGUACCUGAAAACUUGCCAAAGAAUCUGGAGGAACUGCGGUUAGAUGAUAACAGGAUAGAAACGAUAUCUGCAAAGGCUCUGCUGAACCUAAGCAAGCUGAAGCACCUGUUUCUGGAUGGCAACUUGCUGACUAAUGAAGGGAUCCAUGAAAAGACCUUUAACGACCUUGUGAACUUGACGGAAAUCUCCUUCACUCGGAAUAUGCUUAAAAUUCCAGUGGCUAACUUGCCAAGAAUGAACCUGCAAAAACUCUUUCUCCAGGAAAACAGAAUAAUGUACAUUCCAAUCAACAUAUUUUCAUCCCUGAAGAGGCUCAGUUUUCUUGAUCUUUCAAACAAUCAACUACAAACCUUGCCAUAUGGCGCUUUGAAUGGACUACAAGGACUGAGAUUGCUCGGUGUGCGAAACAACCCGUGGUACUGUGAUUGUAAAGUCCUCUGGCUAAAAGACUGGCUACGCAUCAAUACUGUGAAUGCACAGGGGCUUAUCUGCAAAGGGCCAGGCAGCAAUAAAGGAAUACAUAUCACAGAUCUGCCUCCCGAGCAUUUUUUUUGCCCAGCCACCACCACAGCUGCUGUAGCUCCAAGUCACACUGCAGGGGUGAAUACGUUCACAGUUGGAAGUCCGUUGUUGAUUCUCAGAACCUCGUUGCCAUUUGCUACAACUAAAAGCAAUAUUUUUAGCUCAGUCACAAGCAGACCGACCACAUGGAAAGACACUACAGCUGACAUUGUCCUUAAAGUGUCAUCAGUGAGUGAGGACACGAUUGCUGUCAUCUGGGACAACCCAUAUCCAGUGGAGUCAUAUAAAUUGAGUUUGAAAAAAUCCGACAAAAAUGUUGGGACUGUCACAAUGAUUAACAUCGUCAGUGGUGAUAGGACACUGCACUUGUUUAAGGACUUACAUCCAAUGACUUUGUACAAAAUCUGCUUGGAACCUCUGGUCAAUAAAAACAUUUUUGAUCUUGACAAAACUCCGACCUGUUUGGAAACAAAAACAGCAGAUUCUGCACUUCCCAAUCUUACCGAUAGCAUGAACCAAGAGCAAGAGAUGGAUGACGGUCAUGGCUCGGCUCUGAAACUUGCUGGCCUCAUAGGAGGUAGUUCAGUAAUUCUUCUCAUUGUGCUGAUUUUGGGAAUCUGCUGCUGGUACUCCCACAAAUCUGGAAAGGGCCCGUGGUCCCGGGACACCUACAAGAAAGGUCGGAAGAGGGAGAGUGAGUACAUGGAGUCGGGAACGAAGAAGGACAAUUCUAUUUUGGAGAUGAGCGAAAACUCAUUUCAGAUUGUUCACUUAAAUGAAACUAUGGGGGAUGAUUUAUCGAUAAAAAAUGGUUUACCCAACAGAACUGGAACUGGCUAUAAAGGCACUUUGGCCCAAAUAAAUAACACUGUUUUAAUAGACAGUACUUUAUUGGACAGAGAUUAUUUUCAGAGACAUACAUAACUAACAAGCAACAAUAGAAGAGACUUUUACGUGUCGAACACUUUUUGCACAACAUAUUUAUUGCACUUUUAUUGCCGAUUGAAACAUGACACAGAUAGUGUUUUGACGUAUCAGGAUGUUCAACGUGUACAGGUAUUUGUGUUCAGCGUCACAACUGUGAUUAUGGCGUUUUGCAAUUAAAUGGUGUUUUGUUUCCGAUUACCACCACAACAUGAUAUACUUUUCUGCCUACAUUUUUUUUUUAGAAUUCAUAAUUGUUGCUCCUUGUAUAUGGGAAAUAUCUUACAUGAUGAUAUAACAUGCUCUCCUUUUAUAUGUGCCUCUUUUACUAAGUUCACAUGACGAUACAAUGGACAAACUGUAAAUGAAAAAAGCUGUACAAAUUUACUGCAUAUUAACUGAAAAGUACUGGGAACUUGAACAGUUUCAAAUAGGAAUUAUUUAUAACCGUUUUAAAAUGUGUACAUAAUAGUGUAAUGCAUGCCUCUUUGGACAACAGCAGUUGAAAAAAUAAAUGUCCGGUAGUAGUGAAAUAAUUAAAAGCAUUGGAAAUGCUUACAUGUAAUUGUUACAUGUUCCUUUUGUAAUAAAAAAUGAGUACAUAGUA